AUUAAAAUACAAUAUAUAAUCUUGAAGUAAAUAUCUAAUGAAAAUACAAAGUGCAAACUAAAAUUGUUUUUUUGGUUCUUCCCUUUUAUAUAUUCGUCGAUUAUUUACGUGUAGAAUUAAAUAGAAAGAGUGUGUUCUUGAGUGAUCCUAAAUUAUUAACGUAGUUUAUUCUCUAAAUGAAUAUUCUUCGAAGGACAAUGAGUUUUCCGGAAAAACAGGAUGGUAUAACUAAAGAUGAGUGGGUAGCUAAACUCGAAGAAGGAUCCCACACGCAAAGAGUAUCUAUGAAUAAUUUGAUUAUGAAUUAUCUUGUAACCGAGGGAUUUAAAGAAGCGGCUGAAAAAUUUCAACAAGAAUCCGGAGUUGGUCCUACGAUAGAAUUAAGUUCAUUGGAUGAUAGAAUUCGUAUCAGAGAUGCAAUACAAAAUGGUCGCAUUCAAGAAGCUACAGAUUUGGUCAAUCAAUUACAUCCUGAAUUACUCGACAAUGAUAGAUAUCUUUAUUUUCACCUACAACAAUUACAUCUCAUUGAAUUAAUUCGUACUGGCAGAAUCGAAGAGGCAUUACAAUUUGCUCAAGAUCAGCUCAGCGAAGCUGGAGAAUCGGAUGAUAAUAUUUUGUGUGAAUUGGAACGUACUUUAGCCUUGUUGGCUUUUGACGAACCACAUAAAAGUCCUUUUAGUGAUCUUCUUCACCCCACGCAUCGACAAAAGAUCGCCAGUGAAUUAAACGCUGCUAUAUUGAAAAUGGAACACAGGGAAUCAACCAGUCCUAGAUUAAAUAAUUUAUUAAAAAUGAUCCUAUGGGCACAGGAUGAAUUGGAUAAGAAAAAAGUUAAAUAUCCUAAAAUGACCGACUUAGGCAGUGCGACUAUUGAUAGUCCAAAAUAAUACUAAUUAAUUCAAAAAUAGAUGAAAAAAAUAAAGUAAAGUAAAAAAUAUCGUCAUCUCUAUAAUAGAAUGAAAAAAAUGUAACAUGUUGUAUGUAAUAACGACUUGAUAUCUAUUAAUAUAUUUAGAUUAAAAAGUGUA